AUGCCCCAAACGCUCCGCGACGCCUUCAUCUCCGACGGCAUCGUCAUCGUUCCCGACGCCAUCGCCCGAGACGUCGUCGAUGACGUCGUGAGACAGAUCAAACGCGAACUCCGAGACCCAGUGGUCUCGGGUGAGUCUGGGUUCCCCAGGGGCGUCGACUGCGACGAUCCCGCGUCCUGGCCCUCCGGAAGCGCGCGACGCGUGGUUGAGAUCGUCCCGCCGAGCGAUGGGGCGGAUUGGUGCGCGUUACGGACGAGCGAGCGGCUGACGGAAGCGCUGGACGAGGUGUUGGGCGGCGCGCGGUGGGACAUUGAGCUCAACGACGUGGACGCGGUGAAUGGAAAGUGCGACACGAGACAUUGGUACUGUCCGGUGACGUUUCCAGAGAACUCGUGCGAGAAGGCGGUGCGGUGCGCGCGAGAGGCGAGGGCGGCGAUCGCGCGGGCGGAGCAGAGCGAGAAACGAAGACGGACGAGCGACGAGAGCGGCCGGUGCACUCCGGCGCCGGCCCGGUGGACGGAAGGGGACAGUGCGCGGGCGAAGGAGCUCAGGGAGAGUGGGUUGGAAUGGGACUUCAUCGCAAAGAUGUUGAGCACGAGUGAGCUGACGUGGUCGGCGAAGCAGUGUGAGGAGAGUUUUCAAGCGUCGUGGACGCCGGAGCAGGACGCAAAGUUGCUCGCAGCCGUGACCGAGCACGGAGAGAAGUGGCAGCACAUCACGUCCAUGAUGCAGCAGGUUCGACCGGGGUGCACGAAGAAGCAGUCACGUGGAAGAGCGAUGAUGCUCCUGGACGAGCGCUCGGCGAACGUAAUCCACGAGGAGCGGGAGUACAAGGCGAACGCGGCGGCAGAGGAAGCCGGAAAGACCCUACAAGUGGACCCGGCCAAGUCCUGGCACCCAGUGAAUCGCAGGCGCAUGCUCAAUCGUGGAUGGCAUCUGGACAUCGGUGCGGGAUUUUCACCAGACGCGGUGCGAACGCCGGAGGGACAUCCGUUCCAGGGGGCGAUAAUUUUGAUAUUUUUGUCAGACUGUGAACCCGGAGGCGGAGGCACCGCGUUCAUCAAGGGUUCGCACAAGUGGGUAGCCCAGCACGUGCGAACGAAGGGCGGGAUCGUUCACAGUGAUCUUAACUCGUGGGCAAUCGAGUUGGUGAGCGAACUCUCGAGCGCCGGACGUUUGCCGUUGUCGUACGAGAUUGAUGCGAACGAGGCUGAGAACGCCAUGAGCCGCCACGACAUCGACGGCGUCAUCGAGCAGCUCGUUGGCAAGGCUGGCACCGUGGCGCUGCUUCAUCCGUGGCUGAUUCACAGUGGAACAAGCAACCUUUCGUCACAGGUGCGUUACUUAGCGAAUGGCAUGGCGAGAGUGAAGGAAGAGUCGUUUAAAGAGCAGGGCAUCCCUACCAUCAAGGAGGUCGCAUCUGACCAGCCAAAGUAUUCGCGCACGUUGGAUUUCAUGCCGUCGACGGAACCCGACGAGCAGGUCGUUCGACCACCAGUGGACGAAACGUUACCGCGCGUGAGCAUCAUCGUCCCCGUGCACAACGCGGCGCGAUUUUUGGAUGAAACGUUGAGCUCAGUAUGCGCGCAAACCUAUCGGGGACCAGUCGAGGUGAGCAUCUUCGACGACGGUAGCACGGAUGAGUCAGCUAAGUUCAUUAGACGUUGGCGAGAAGCCCUCGAACGCGUUGGCAUCUCGGUCGUCGUGAACGGGAGCAGGUGGCCGGAGAGCGCCCAGUUUGUCGCGGAGGACGCGCCCAACUGUGGGAUUGGAUUUUGUAGGAACCGCUGCAUUCAGCAGAGUAGUGGGUCGAUUCUCGUAUUUCUCGACGCCGACGACGUCAUGAUGCCAAACAGACUCGAAGUCCAAGUGCCUCUCGCCAUGAACAAUCCGAGGGCGAUCAUUGGCGGGUGUUGGAAACGAUAUCCCAGCGGCUCAACAGAGCACUAUGAGGCGUGGGCGAACAUGAUGACGCAAAAAGAACUUCACCUCGAGCAGUUCCGCGAGUGCACGGUGCUGUUACCAACGUGGUGCAUGACGCGAGCGAAUUUCGAUGAGAUCGGUGGGUUCGUUGAGGCUCCUCCAGGGUCUGGCGAAGCGGAAGACUUGAUCUUUUUCCAAAGGCACUUGCAGUUGCACUACGAGCAAAACGAACUGGACAAGGUGCCUUCGAUGUUGAGGGCUGGAGAUUACCCGCACAACCCCGUACUUUUGUACAGAUGGAGUCCACAGAGUGCGUCGGCUCGGUGCAGUAGACGUAGGUUACUUCAGGUUCGCGCACAAGCGUUCGAGGAACGUAUCUUGUCGCUCCCGACGUGGGAGAAAUUCAUCGUUUGGGGCGCCGGGCGGGACGCGAAAAAUUUCUUGAACGAAAUCUCGCCGUCGGCGCGGCAAAGGGUGCAGGCGCUGAUCGACGUCGAUCCGCGGAAAACUGGACGAAAGUACACGAAUACGAACGUUGGAGACGAAGUGUCCGUGCCCAUCGUUCAUUUUGCGAAGGCGCCGAGAGGACUUCCAGUUGUUGUAUGCGUCGCAAAGCGGCGAAAAGGUUCGGGCGUUAGCGGGGAUUUAGAAUCCAACGUCGACACGCUCGGGCUCAUCGAAGGGACUACGCUUUGGUACUUCAACUAA